AGCAGCAGCAGCAGCAGCCUGUUCAGACUAGAGUAGAGUCGCUGGAGAUACCUGCGCUGCUUUACGGAGACUGAGAACACGAAACAGCAUCUCUACAACCACAGGAUUUAUUUGACGUUGAGAAGGCAUGGCUGAACACAUGAUGAUGCCUAUGACCCACGGCUCUGCAGGAGGAGGCCUGCAUGGGUAUCGCAUGGGAAUGAACGGCCCUUCUCCGCAUGGACACCAGCCCGGUCUGCGGGCCCUUCCUAACGGGCAGCUCAUGCACUACGGCAGGGUGCCCCAGAGCUCCAUGGAGGCAGCCAUGAGGCAGAGGAACGUGAUGAACGGCGUCAUGAACGGUCAGGUCAAUGGCCAGAUGAGCGGUGGACACCCCCACCAAAUGCAGCAACCCAGUAUGAUGUACGGAAGUCCAAAUCAGCAACCGCAGGGUCACCCUCAAACCCAGCACCAUCAUAUGCAGCCCCAGAACCAGCACCCACAGCAGUAUAUGGGUGGAGGAGGCCUUACAGCAUCUCAGCAGCUUAUGGCGAGCAUGCAUCUUCAGAAACUCAAUACUCCGUACCACGGACACCCUCACGGGCCUAUGAAUGGGCAUCACAUGGGAAACGUCCAGCACAGGAUGGGCCCUGCUCAGUUGGCAGGCAUGCAGAUGGGCAUGGGUGGGCCAGCGUUGGGCCUCAACGUCAUGGACAUGGACUUGAUUGAUGAGGAGGUUCUGACGUCCUUGGUACUGGAGUUCGGGCUGGACCGGGUUCAAGAGUUGCCUGAGCUUUUCCUUGGACAAAACGAGUUUGAUUUCAUCUCAGACUUUGUGUGCAAGCAGCAACCAAGUACUGUCAGCUGCUGAAGUUCUGUUUCUGGUUCUUGAAUUAGAGAAGGACUUGGACGCCAAGAAAAAGCUGGGGCAAGACAAGAAAAGCUAAAACAACCAGGUUCUCCGUAUCUGUGAAGCUGUGCUAGUGCACGCUGUCUUUCAAUGAGGGCAUAGACUUCAAGUUCUGGAUGUUCUUCAGUCUUUGAAGAAGAACCUGGCGCAAGUUGGCUUUGGCGAGCAGGCCUUGUCUUGUCCCAUUGGUCAUCCUGGAUUGAUGUGACCAAGUGUCCCAGGGUUGAAUGUAACUUUGCAUGGUGGAAAAAGAAGUCUGCUUGGAACUUUGCAGAAACUGCUUUGCAUCCUUAGGCGGCAACUAGAAUCAAUAGCAUUUAGAAAUGUAUUUAUGUAUAACACCUACCAAAAAGCAGACAUGAUCUGUGGUGAUAGAGACUUGCCUUUUCUCGAACUAACCCCAUGACUUGUGAUAAAAAGCUGUUUGAAUGAGUGCGUUAUGUGGGAAUUGAAGGCUGGUACUUCAAAACGGGUUGUUUUUUCCAGUAGCUCUUAAUGAUAUUUGAAAUGGUAAGGGGGUGGUGAGGUGGCAGCGGUUGGGUAUGAAACAUACUUUGUGCGCAGUGUUUCCAUUCUUCCAUCAAAAGAUGACUGCCUAGUAAAAAAUUUUCACAUUUAACACUCAUUUUUGUGCUACAUCUAACUGAAUAAGACCCGAAAUGAGUGUCUUACAUUCACUAUAGGAUGUGUCUUGAUACUUUCAGGAAUAUUUCUGUCUUGCCUGGAAAAUGGUGGAAUGUUUUGUAGCCUCCCUUACGAAAUGCUGAGCCUGUGCUCCCUGCUGAUGAGAUGAUGAGUCUGAACUGUAAAACUGCCUUAUAGUUUUUUUUAAACCGAUACUGAUAAAUAUUCACUGUAGACAUUUCUUACCUUGUGAAUGAGGAAGAAACUGCUGUCUUUGUAUGAUUCAAAGAGGCGACAUCGAAACUCCAGCUGUUAUGUAGUGUUUGCUCAUACGCUUCUUAUUGUAGUGAAGAACGUGGACCAGUCUCCAUUAAGCCACAUGCUGAAUAAAGAAUUAAACCUUCUGCUUGUUUCUAAAUGAACCUUAAUGUCAAUCAUUCAACUACUGUUCGAAACAACCACUAACCAACCAACCAUAACACACAUUUCCUGAUUGGUGCAUUGAAAGCCAAACUUACAAACCAGAACGGAAUGUUGCUUCCUUCCUCGCUCCCCAAACAAUGCAGGUUUAAACCUGAUUACAUUUAAAUUACACUUGCAACCUUUUUAUUAAUUGAGGUCAGCAUGGUCAGUCAUCUCGGAUGGCCUGAUAAACACAAAAUGGACAUGUUCAUUAGCUUGCUAUCGCUCAGGGUGUAAUGAAGAGUUGGGAACGGCUGCCCUGCUGAGUUGGAGUACUUCCUGUGUCGUUACGUUGCUAGUUCUUGUGUUGAGUUCUCUGUGGGGGUUGGGUUGGUAUGGAAAUAGCACAGCGUACAGUACUAGUAGGUUAAUCUGUUCUACCAGAGCUAGGCUCAACUCCCUCAACUCUACCCGCCCCAGCUGGGGUAACUGCUGUACGUACGGCUUGGAAUGGUGAAAAUUGCCACCGAAUGAAAAAGCACAAAUUGAUGGGUCAUAUCCUGUGUUUUACAACUCCAUCUUGGCUGAUUGUUUAAGUCUCUGAUACAUAUGGAAUGGAAAAUUCAAGUUUCAGACUUUGAUUUCGUCAGCCGUAUUUCUUGUAUCAGUAGAGAUUGGAAUGUUUUCCCCAAUAUGCUUAUUCUGUCAUUUGUGAUACUUGGAUAAUUAUAAACAAACCACAUCUAGAAAAAGAAAAAUCAAAUGAUCUGUAGAUUUGUAAUUGAUGAUUAAAUUAUUUUUCACAUUCCCA